AUGUCAGCAUACACAAACGGACACACCCACCAGUCGGAGCGGAUAGCUCACACCGAAGAGAAGCAUCUUCCUGGAGGAUGGGUGGUUCUCAAGUUCGGUGGUACAAGUGUCGGCAAGUUCCCGGAGAAUAUAGCGGACAUUGUCAAAGCCGGUGUUCAGACGAAUCGCGCCGCUAUAGUCUGCUCUGCGCGCAGCAGCAACACAAAGCUCGAAGGAACUACCAACCGCCUCCUUCGUGCCGCUCGCGCUGCCGAGAGACCCAACCACCGGGCCUAUGAUGAAAUCGUCGAAGCCAUUCGCCUUGACCAUAUCCAGGCGGGCAAGGAGAUUUUGAAGAGCCCGGAAAUUCUAGCGUCUUAUACCGAAGAGGUCAACGCCGAGUGCGAGAGUUUGAUCAAGAUCUUGGAGUCGGCCCAGCAUCUCGAGGAGGUCACCAACCACACCGAGGACAAGAUCAUCAGCAAGGGCGAGAAGCUGAGCUGUCGUUAUAUGGCCGCUAUACUGAACGACUGUGGUACGCCUGCCCAGUUCGUCGACCUCAGCGACGUGAUCAAGCCCAACGCGCCCAUUAAGGGAGGAUUGCAAGAAAAGUUCUACAAGGACUUGGCUGCCGACUUCGCUAGCCAAGUGGAAGCAUGUGGAGACAAGGUUCCCGUCAUUACUGGUUUCUUUGGAAACGUGCCCGGCGGUCUCUUGACCUCAAUCGGACGCGGAUAUACCGACCUAUGCGCCGCCUUGGUUGCCGUUGGCAUAAAGGCAAAGGAACUGCAAGUCUGGAAAGAGGUGGAUGGAAUCUUCACCGCAGACCCACGCAAGGUUCCUACUGCCGCGCUGCUCCCCAGCGUCACUCCUGCAGAGGCUGCUGAAUUGACAUUCUACGGAUCCGAAGUUAUUCACCCCUUCACCAUGGAGCAGGUCAUUCGCGCCCGCAUCCCCAUUCGCAUCAAGAAUGUCAUGAACCCACGCAAUGCUGGAACCAUCAUCUUCCCUGACAAUCUCCGGGAUAUUGACGACCGCUCGCCUUUGAAGGAUACGGGACUCUUCCGCACUCGCUCCUCGAGUCUCCUUACUCAGCUUGAAGGGCCUAAGCGACCCACCGCUGUGACGAUCAAGCACAACAUUGUUGUGCUCAACGUUCACAGCAACAAGCGCACUCGUGCCCAUGGUUUCUUGAUGAACAUCUUCAACAUCUUGGACAACUGGCGAUUGUCUGUUGAUCUCAUCUCUUCAUCCGAGGUGCACGUGUCCAUGGCCUUGCACUCCGAGUCUGCUCUCCUAAGUGGCGGAGGUGAGGACGACUACAAGAUCCAGUCCAAGGACCUCCAAGGCGCUGUAAAUGACCUUGGUGCUCUCGGUACCAUUGAUAUCGUGCCUGACAUGGCUAUUGUAAGUUUAGUGGGCAAGCAGCUGAAGAACAUGAUUGGUAUCUCCGGCAAGUUCUUUAGUGUGUUGGGCCAGAACAACAUUAACAUUGAAAUGAUCUCGCAAGGCGCUAGCGAGAUUAACAUAUCUUGCGUCAUUGAGGAGCGCGAAGCCGACCGCGCCCUUAAUGUUGUACAUACAAAUCUUUUUACAUUCUUAGAAUAG